GCAUCACGUAGGCUGCCGUGUCCUCAGUUCACAUUCGGAUUAUUUCCUGCUGUACACCUUCACUGCAUCUUCCCAUCUCCUGGCUACCGGUCAGUGCAGACAAAAUGGCAAGCACUUUCGCCAGGAUUUUUUCUUAUAAAAGAAGCAUUCGUAUCCUCUCGUUAGUGGGAGCGGGCUCCUUAACGACUGGGCUAUUUCUAAACAAGGAGUAUGUCGACGCUGGAUCCCUGGUUAGGAGAAGGUACCCCGCCAGUUCAGAAUAUCCAGAUUUACGAAAACAUAACAACUGUAUGGCCAGUCACCUCACUCCUGCUAUCUACGCCAAGCUGUGCAACAAAUCCACACCCAAUGGCUACACCCUAGACGAAGCCAUUCAAACCGGAGUGGACAACCCUGGGCACCCUUUUAUUAAGACUGUGGGAAUGGUGGCAGGCGAUGAAGAAUCCUAUGUGGUGUUUGCUGACCUAUUUGACCCUGUCAUCAAGGAAAGACAUAAUGGCUAUGACCCUGAGACAAUGACACACCCAACUGAUCUGGACUCAAGUAAGGUGCGGUCAGGACAGUUUGACGAGCGCUACGUGCUGUCCUCGCGCGUGCGGACCGGCCGCAGUAUCCGCGGCCUCAGCCUGCCCCCGGCCUGCACGCGCGCAGAGCGCAGGGAGGUGGAGCACGUGGUGGCCGACGCUCUCAACGGGCUGCAGGGGGACCUGAAGGGCCAGUACUACAGCCUCACCCAGAUGACUGAGCAGGAGCAGCAACAACUCAUUGACGAUCACUUCCUGUUUGACAAGCCAGUUUCCCCUCUCCUGACCUGUGCAGGGAUGGCCCGUGACUGGCCAGAUGGACGUGGAAUCUGGCAUAACAACGACAAGACCUUCCUGGUGUGGAUCAAUGAGGAGGAUCACACCAGGGUCAUCUCCAUGGAGAAGGGGGGCAACAUGAAGAGAGUGUUUGACCGCUUCUGUAAGGGACUCAAAGAGGUGGAGAGACUGAUCAUGGAGAAGGGAUGGGAGUUCAUGUGGAACGAGAGGCUGGGCUAUGUCCUCACCUGCCCCUCCAACCUGGGAACAGGGCUCAGAGCCGGGGUCCACGUCAAACUGCCUCGCCUCAGCAAGGACCCUCGCUUCUCCAAGAUCCUGGAUAACCUGCGGCUUCAGAAGCGCGGCACUGGCGGGGUGGACACCGCUGCAGUGGGCAGCACCUUUGACAUCUCCAACCUGGACCGACUCGGCAAGUCUGAGGUUGAGCUUGUCCAGAUCGUGAUUGAUGGUGUGAACUACCUGGUCGAAUGUGAGAAGCGACUGGAGAGGGGCCAGGACAUCCGAAUCCCUCCACCGAUAUCCCAGUUCAAGUAGAACUGAGGUCAGCCAGCUUCAAAUGGCCUAGAGUUUGAUAUUAAGCUUUUGAAGCAUUUGUCCUUUGGGCCACUAACUUAUUAUAGCACAACAGCACAGCAGAAAUGCUUUGUGUAUAAUUAACUCUAUCAGAGUACAGUUUACACUCAUUGAAUGAGCAGAUUGAGCAAAUGAAAAUAAGCCAACCCAAUGAACCAGUAAUACAAUCCGUUGUGGUUGAAAUGGAAAUAUAUAAAUGUAUAGAUGCUGCACAUCUAAACUGAAACGGAAAGGUUUCAAUCAUACGUUGCUCCUCCCUCACAAUGUGAAGCAAGAUUUAAUUGAAUUACUCCAAACAAUGAAAGUGGAGCAACAUGGGCUCUGCUUGCACCCAGUUUAAUGGCUGAAUCUACCUUUUACCACACAAGGCUGCUUCCAUGUCCACAUACCCCAUUGUUCGUAAAAGGAGACCUUUUGCUUCUGAUGUUUUUUAAAUGAGCACUUACAGUGAAUGCAACUACUAUACCAUAGUACUAUAGCUGUUCGUUUUUAUUAUGGAUAGCUACUGGUGCUGUUCCACUUUCUGUACAAUGUACAAUGUGCACUCAGUCAAAAACAUUUUUUGCAGCAUAAAUACUUCAAAUAGCAGUUAGAUGUAAAAUUAUACAAAAUGUACUGCAUGUGUACAACAAUCAGCUCAAAAUGCAUCAAAUGAUCUCUAUGUGCAAAUGUCUAUAUCCUGCUUGCUACAAAUACUGUACUGUUAUCUUACAUAAAGCUCACAAUUAUUUUUAUGAGAACAAAUACUAAUACUAACAAAUAGAAAUGUUUUUAUUUUUGGUAGAUGGUCUAUUUUAGCUUUUGCCGCUAGCUGGUGUAAAAUAUGACAAUGAUUGAGCACACAUUGGACAGUACAGUGAACAAGAAUAUCCAGCCGGCAUGAACACUGAGCCAAUACAGAAUUAUAUACUUUGGUGUAGCUGGCUGUGGCAACCGUAUCAUUUUCUGUAGCCACUCUAUUCUUAUAUAAUAAGACAAGUUAAGACAAUGUCUCACUUGUCCAAACAACAGCAUUUUCUUCUCCAGGACAGUCAAAUAAAUGUUAAUGUCAAACCCUAUGUCUUUUGUGGCUCUCAUACUUCUGCAAAGAUGUGGUUUAUGUUUAAACAAAGCAUUAUGUAUUCCAAAAAUGCACUUGAAAAUACUGGUACUCAAUAAACUCUACUGUAACAGCGA